AUGUUUUCAUACUGCUUACGGAAUACAAAGAGAUCGAAAAUAUAUCCAGAUCCAGAAAAAUUUGAUCCCAUGAGACACGCUCCAGAAGAAAAAUCUAAAAGAGAAAAUAUAAGUGCUUUGUAUUUUGGUGAAGGACCGAGAAUAUGUAUUGGUAACAGAUUUGGUUUUUUUCAAGUCAAAGUUGGACUUUUAACACUUCUUUCUUCUUAUCGUGUUUCCCCAUGUGAAAAAACUCCUUCUCAAUUGAAAUUUAACGUUGGAAGCUUAGUUUUGACUGUUGAAGGACGAUAA